UGAGUCCAUCAGCAGAUAAGAUGGGCGCCAAGCCCACGAGGCCAAGUCAACAAACGGAGCGUGCCACACCACGCCCCCAGCUCGGCCGCUCGCCACCGCGAUGCUGCUACUGGCGCGAGCCCCGCCGCCGUCCUUGGCGGCCAACUAUUCGCCGAGCCCGGAGCGCGCUCUCCGCCUUCGGAGCAAAUCCUCGUCCCGCGCCGUCAUUGGUACGGCCUCCGCUGCGUCGAAGCCGGCGGCCGCGGCUUCCUCCCGGGCCGGGCAUCAGCGCAAGCAGGUGGCGAGCGUGGCGAACCCGCUCGUGAAGCACUGCGUCAAGCUCCGGCUCUCCGCCGCGUACCGCCGCUCCUGCCGCCGCCUCCUCCUCGUCGGCCUCGCCCCCAUCCUGGAGAUGUGUAGGUUUGAGCUUGACGCCAUCGAUUUCCUGCUUCUCCUGGACGGCGUGGAGGUCCCGGAGGUGCUGCGCGAGUUCUCUGGCGAUGUCGUGUUUGUCAGCGCCGCGGUGAUGAAGAAGGUGUCCGGCAUGCAGUCGGUUGAUUCCACCGAGGCGAUGGCUGUCCUGCACAUGCCUAGGUACUUCUGCGACCUCGGGAGCCAUGAGGAUGGGGAUUCUCUUCAUGGGCUGUUCAAUCAUCCGAAGAGGAUUCUAGUCCUUGAUGGGAUACAGGAUCCUGGUAACCUUGGAACGCUGAUAAGAUCAGCUUGUGCUUUCAAAUGGGAUGGGGUAUUUCUUCUCCCAGCUUGUUGUGAUCCUUUCAAUGAAAAGGCUCUUCGUGCAGCCCGUGGAGCCUCUUUGCAGCUGCCUAUUGUCUCUGGUACCUGGCAUGACCUGCAUGCAUUAAUGACUAAAUAUGAUAUGAAGAUGAUGGCAGGCCAUCCAGAAAGUAGCAGUGAUGCGUCCAAAGGAAUCCACUCGCUGUCCAAAGAACUAGCUGAUUCACUCUUGAAUGAGUCUCUGUGCUUAGUGUUAGGAAGUGAGGGGAAUGGCCUCUCUUCAGAAACCCUCCAAGCCUGUGAGCUUGUAAACAUUCCAAUGGAAGGAGGAGCUUCCUUUUUCCCCCCUCUUUCCUGGAAAAUUUGAGUAUUCCCAUCCUAGAGAAGUUAUGGCACCAGGAUGAAGGCUCUGUCCCAUGGUUUUUCCUUUUGCUGACUGUUGGCUAACACAUGCACGAAAAUAUCUACAGUACAACUAUUUGUUGCAACAGAAUUGAGCAAUUGACACUGAAUGCUCAUGCCAAAUGAUUAUUCCUUGAUCCUAUGACCCGUACAUAAAUAAAUUUAUGAGUAUGAAAGAACAAAACACAAAGUUGAUUUCCACUCAGUGAGGGGGCAAAUAAUUUGUGUUAGGUUUGUGGCUUCUCAGUUGGGUUCGGUUCUUGGUGAUAUCAAAUCUACUAUCUAGGUAAUGAAAACUAAGAUCAGCAAAACUCCUGGCAUUAUGCCUGCACCACAAUGACAUAUUUUGCAGGACUUGUUACAAGAUCUUCCAUGAUUCACCACUGCUGACUUUGUAUCAUGCUUGUCCUAAAAUAAAACACACUAUCACCUUCUAUUGGCGUCACUUCAACUUGUUCCGGGCUGGCUUAGUUGGAUGUUCAAAAGCAUGCUUUCAGGUGGAACUUGCUUUGUUAACAGGUAAGAGCAUCCUGAGUCAUAACUCAUAAGCAAUCUGGAUUUGACUGUU